CCUCUUCCCGGAAGCUCCUUGGGUCUGGCAUCCUCUUUGCUUGCUGCCUUGCUCCGCGGACAUCCCGGGCGUGGCAAUGGCGGUGAAGCGGCCGGUGCGCGUGCUGGUGGACAUGGAUGGCGUGCUAGCUGACUUCGAGUCCGCCCUCCUGCAGGGUUUCCGCCGCCGCUUUCCCGGGGACCCGCACGUGCCGCUGGAACAGCGCCGGGGCUUCCUCGCCAACGAGCAGUACCGAGCCCUGCGGCCGGACCUGGAGGAAAAACUGGUCAGUGUGUAUGAAGCUCCAGGCUUUUUCCUAAACUUGGAGCCCAUCCCUGGGGCCUUGGACGCUUUGCGAGAAAUGAACGACAUGCAAGACACCGAGGUCUUCAUCUGCACCAGCCCACUGCUCAAGUACCACCACUGUGUGGGCGAAAAGUACCGCUGGGUGGAGCAGAACCUGGGGCCACAGUUUUUGGAGCGGAUUAUCCUGACUAGGGACAAGACAGUGGUCAUGGGAGACCUGCUCAUUGAUGACAAAGACAACAUUCAAGCCUCACACUGCCUUUACUGCCCAGGCCUGGAAGAGACCCCAAGCUGGGAACACAUCUUGUUCACCUGCUGCCACAACCAGCACCUGGUCCUGCCCCCCACCAGGAGACGGCUGCUGUCCUGGAGUGACGACUGGAGAGGGAUCAUAGAGAGCAAGCGGGCCAGCCUGUGAAGGACCGAGGUGGGUCAGCCGGCCCCUGCCUGGACAGCUGACUGUCUUUAACCAGGGAGCCAUUUGAAUAACGGCCUCCUGGCCCCGCCCAUGAAGCCUGCACCCAGAAUGAAUGAGACUAGCACAUGAAUACGGUGGAAAGAUCAGGUUUUUUAAUAAAAUAAAAUCCAAACACAA